UUAUCCGAAAGCCCUGCUUCUCUGCCCGCAUGUCCCCCAGCUGAGACGGCAGCGAUCAACCAGCGGGACCUCACCGAUGCCCUGAUAGACACGGAGCGCAGCCCCCAGGAAGUGGCCGGUGACUCUGGGAUGCGGCGGCAGCCUUCGCCGGUCUCGGUGUAUCUCUUCCCUGGCGAGAACGGAGCAGCGGGCCAGGGGAAGGCCCCGGCCCCCCCACUGAUCCCAGUGAGCGAGGGGCUUGAUUUCAGCCCUUCGGAAGACAGCGAAGGCGAGAGCGAGGCCACCGAUGAUUUCUGCAUCUUGGAUGCUCCAGGAACAGGCAUCCCGCCUCGGGAUGGAGAACCGGUGGUGACAAAGCUUUUGGAAGGGCCUGUCCACAUCCAGGAGGGGCAUUUCUCCCGGCCCCUGGGCAGCACGGAUUUAUUGAAAGCCCCAUCGCACUUCCCGGUGCCCGAGAGCCGAGUCAUGAUGCGGGAAAUUUCAGUGGUCUGGCAUCUCUACGGGGGCCGAGAUUUUGGGCCAGGGCGCUCAGCUUCUGGCCACACGCAUUCACCCAGGACGAAGUCGAGCCUCUCCAGCACUCGUUCCUCCCCCUCUCGGUCUUCAGUCCCCAGCCGACCCCAGAACUCCUGGCGGGCUCAGGGAGGCCCCGGCCGCAUCCACGACCUGCUGAUGGAGAUCCAGCUAACAAAGGUGAGCUUCCAGCACGAGUCCUAUUCCAGUGGCGCGCCAGAGAAACCGUCCUUGGAACUGGAGGAACAGCCACUAGCCAGACAGGUGUUCGUCGUCCAGGAGCUGGAGAUCCGAGACCGGCUGGCCUCCUCGCAGAUCAACAAGUUCCUGUACCUGUACAGCAGCGAGCGCAUGCCCCGGCGUGCCCAUUCCAACAUGCUCACCAUCAAAGCUCUUCAUGUCUGCCCUGAGGCUGGCCUGGGGGGUCCCGAGUGCUGCCUUCGGGUCUCCCUGAUGCCUCUCCGGCUCAACAUAGACCAGGAUGCCUUGUUCUUCCUCAAGGACUUUUUCACCAGCGUGGCGGCCAGCAUCAAUCCUGUCGUGUCCGUUGAGGCUGGACCUGAAGGUCAUGUCGAGUCCCCUGGGAAGGACCCAGAGGGAGCCGAGGGGAUAAUGGCAGCCUCGGUGGAAACCACGGCCAGUGAAAACAGCUCCCUUUCCAACGCCUCCUCUUCUUCAGAGCAGCCCAUUUAUUUCCGGGAAUUCCGCUUCACCUCCGAAGUCCCCAUUUGGCUGGACUACCACGGGAAACAUGUCACUGUGGACCAGGUGGGCACCUUUGCUGGCAUUCUGAUCGGUUUGGCUCAACUCAACUGCUCGGAGCUGAAGCUGAAGAGGCUUUGCUGCCGCCAUGGGCUCCUGGGGGUGGAAAAGGUGGUGAAUUACGCGCUGACUGAAUGGCUGACGGACAUUCGCAAAAACCAGCUGCCGGGCAUCCUGGGUGGCGUUGGACCCAUGCAUUCGUUUGUGCAGCUCUUCCAUGGCCUGCGGGACCUCUUCUGGCUCCCAAUUGAACAGUACCGCAAGGACGGGCGCAUCAUCCGUGGCUUGCAGCGUGGCGCAGCCUCCUUCGGCACCUCCACGGCCUCUGCUGCUCUGGAGCUCAGCAACCGCCUGGUCCAGGCUAUUCAGGCCACCGCCGAGACCGUCUACGACAUCCUUUCCCCCACGGCUCCGCCAUCACGCACCCUGCCGGACAAGAAGUACGCCCGCAAGCUACGGCGGGGUCAUCAGCCAGCAGAUCUACGCGAGGGGGUGGCCAAGGCCUACGACACCGUGCGCGAGGGCGUCAUAGACACUGCCCAGGCUAUCUGCGACGUGGCAGCCCGUGGGCACGAGCAGAAGGGCAUCACGGGGGCCGUUGGCGGCGUCCUGCGGCAGAUCCCUCCCACGGUCGUCAAGCCGCUGAUUGUGGCUUCCGAAGCCACCUCCAACCUCCUCGGCGGGAUGCGCAACCAGAUCAAGCCCGACGCCCUCAAAGAAGAGUCUCUGAAGUGGCGCUUGGAAGAGAGCCAGGAAUAGAGUGGGGCGCUCGCCAGCCCCGGAUCCGAACCACGGACCCAGCGCUUUCCCUGUCCCCCUUCGCCAUUUGCACAACCGUGCCAGAGAUGACCCUGGCCAGGAUGACCACAAACCACGUUACGGCAAAGGGGGCUUAGACAUUGCCUGAAGACUCAGGACACGCAGAAGCCGAGCCCCCAAGGCAUCCGGCCCAGGGCGCGAUGGGACUCUGGCCAUCUCCUCUCGCCUGCCCUUAUUUUUGUACUUUUUGAAGUGUCUCACUGCCCCCCCCAUUUGAUGCAUGAUCUGCAGCUGUGCGCUCUCCCCGAGAAAGCA